UGUAUUUUAACAGAUAAGCUGCACAUUUCAUUUGAAACUAACAAUGAAGAAUUUGCGAGCUUCAUGUCUGUGUUUCUUGUUACUCGGCUGGAGAGCCGGGUGUGGUUUCGAGCGGUACUCGUCUCUGGGAGAGACUGUUACCCUGCCUUGUGCAGGAUUCCAGAAAUAUGAAAACUCUUUCAUUUAUUGGACCUUUAGUCAAAGAUCAGGAACAGCUUCUGAGCUGGCCUCGGGUGGGAAGAUUACAGUCAAACAGCCAGAGAGAGCUGCAAGACUGGAGGUGCUGCCUGACUCGUCUCUGCGGAUACACCACCUGCACACAGAGGAUGCCGGCCGGUAUGAAUGCCAACAAUAUCUAAAUGGAAUGCUUUAUAAAGGAGGAACUCCAGUGGUUCUGACCCUGCUCACCAGUUUCUUGCAGUACUCGUCUCUGGGAGAGACUGUUACCCUGCCUUGUGCAGGAUUCCAGAAAUAUGAAAACUCUUUCAUUCAUUGGACCUUUAGUCAAAGAUAUGAAACAUCUUCGGAGCUGGCCUCGGGUGGGAAGAUUACAGUCAAACAGCCAGAGAGAGCUGCAAGACUGGAGGUGCUGCCUGACUCGUCUCUGCGGAUACACCACCUGCACACAGAGGAUGCGGGCCGGUAUGACUGUGAACAAAAUAUAAAUGGGUACUUUCAUUCAGGAGGAACUCCUGUUUUUCUGACCCUGCUCACCAUUACAGCUGUCCCAGGUAGAGACUUAAUGAGAGGCAUCGAUUUAGCUCUACAAUGCACCCUGGUGUGUAAUGGUGGUAUUGCAGACUGCAGGUCAGUUCCUGACAAUGUUAAACUGACCUGGGUGGAUGAUGAAGGCACAGCCCUGCAGGGAGACAUGUUCAAGAUCACUUCCUACAGAACACAUUCCAUUCUGUCUCUGGAGCUGCAGAAAUCAGACCACAACAGGAGAUGGAGAUGUGACCUAACUGAGGGAGGUGCAGUAAAGGCUUCGUAUAGCUACACCACUACACUUGCAGUCAAUGUUGAAGAUGUGUACUCCACUGUGGGAGGAUUCAUUCACUUCCCCUGUGCAAAGACUGCUCAGCCAGAGGCAGGGCAGCAAUUAAUUUGGUCCUUUCAGAGAUCUGGGACCACGAGUUGGAAGACUCUAUUCACAUUCCGACCCAGUGGGAAUGUACUCACCAAUGCUGAAGAGGUAGACAAGAACAGACUGGCAAUGGCAGUCAAUACUUCCUUGCUGAUCCGCAGUGUCCAGACAGCAGACAGUGGGCUCUAUCGGUGUUCACAGCACAACGAUUCUAACCUUCAGAAACCCCUUCAGGUGUUGGCUCUGAACGUACUCUCUGGGAGUGCUGACCGGAUCUCACCCUUGCAGGCAGGAUCCAACCCCACCCUGACUUGCUCCUUGACCUGUGGGUUUGUAUGUCCACCAGCCAAGCUGCUAUGGAGCGACAGUAACGGAAACAGUCUGCACGGCGGCGCUAGAGAGGGUUUUCUGAUCCGCUCGAACAUCACCAGCUCCCAGCUGUUUCUCACUGGCCUGCAGAGCUCUGAGCAGAUCAGGUGCAGUGUGGAGGAGGAGGGGAAGCAGAGAGUCUACCUGCAGUAUCUCAUUCAAUUACCAGUGUCCGUCUCUAAAGUGGAAUUGAUAAUCAGAGUCUUCAUCUUCUGUGCUGUUCUCAUAAUCCCCGCCAUCAUCGGAGCUGUCGUAUACGUCAAGAGGAGCAAGCGAGCAGCAGAGGAAGUGACGUCAGGGAUAGAGCUCACGCCCGUCAGGGGACUUCCUGUCAGCCCUGGAAUCACUGCCACAUUGUAGGCUCUCCCUUAUAUAGGUUCACCACAAUUUGCCUUGUUUUUCAAUAUGCUUUACCAUACCUAGCUCUUCUGUGCAAUGCUUGCCUAUGCUUUACCAUGCUUUCACUCUGCUUUAUUACACUUUGAUACAGCUAUGGCCAAAAGUUUUGCAUUACCUAUUUUUGAAUUGAGACACAAUAAUAACAAAUUAAAAAUGAUAAAGAUUAUUUAGAUCUUUUAUUUAACAACAUGUAAUCAAAGAAACUACAAAAUGAUAUUACAAAAGUCAUCAAGUAUAUGGAAAACUACAAAGCGGUAUGUAAUUCAAUAGGUUGACGUGACAUUAUUCAGCAGGUUCAUUAGUUAAUUCUAUAGGAUGAUGCAAAACGUUUGGCCAUAGCUGUUGGCUUUUACUAUGAGAAACUUUCAUAAGGGUUGUAACACCUGAAAAAUGUGAUUGAGAAGAUCUUUACACUGGCUAAGGUUUGGUGUAUUACUGUCCUCAGAACUAUACAGUGUUCAGAAGAUGUAUUGUAUUCAGACUAGCUACUGUAUAACUAUUACUGGUACUGACAUUCAUUUGUUUUUCUGGGACUAAAACUAUUUAGUUCAUAAUGAAAUACAUUUCAGGUUUUGUUACAAUUAGAGAAAUAAACAAACAAAAGACAAAUUCAGAUCAAAUCAUUUUAUUUUUAUAUCAGCAAAACAUACAUCAUAUCAAUAUAUUCAGAAAUACAGAAUCAAAAUAGACUGAAGAGACUCACUCGGUACAUAACAU